ACGUUUCAUUGAGUACAUCAGAUGUUCAGGUAUCCGUUUAAUGGAGUAAAAUUUGAUUCGCGCGACAUCAAAAUGUAUUUCUUUUUAAUUUUAUCAUUUUUCCAACUGAUGAAACUGGAUACAGCAGAUCCUGGGGAAAAUGAUGGAUUGAUUGCGAAUAAAAUCAACGGCGAGUAUUCCUGGGAAUAUUCCUUUCCAAAAUAUGUCGAAAAACUUCCAGAUGGUUCGAUGUCAUUCAUUCCUCCGGAAACUUCGGGAGCGGUUACUUAUCUACUGUGCCCAGAAAAGGACACGCCCGAAAAGAAGGCGAAUAAAUAUUGCUUACGUGGCAAAAAAUUGAAAGAAGUUGAGGAUCGAGUUUGUCAUAAACCGCCCCUUCCGAAUAUUGCUAAAAUUUUUAAAAAUUAUGAACACGUGGAAUGUGGCCAUGAAGUGAUAGGGAGGCUUUAUUCUUUUCAAUAUGUGGUGUGUAGCGAAGAGGAUAAGGAAUUGCCUUGGGCAACGUAUCUGAACGUGUAUCAAAUUUGUUACGACAAUGUGUCAAACAGGUUUUUAUACGCUUCAGUUGUGGUUGACACGCCUAAUUUGCUGACUAAUACAGACUUGGAAUCAGAACGAGCAAUUAAUUUCGAGUACGAAGAUGAUGGUUAUUUCAGUUUUGAUGAUUAUUUCAGCAAAACAUUGUCACCAAUGUAUCAGGAAGUGUUGCAAAAUGAUGAAAUUCCUUACGUGCCUCAAAUAAUCGCUUCCCCGGAUUUUACACCGUUUGCUUUGACAAGAAAAACAUCUUUCCAUUGGAUCAAUGUGGCUCCUAUGCACAAAGACAUUGUUGAGACUUGGAAAAAAUUUAUAUCACAUUUAACGCAACUUGUAUCCGAAAGAAAUCCGAUCAUAGUACAUUCAGGAAUUCAUGACCCCAUUGGUGAAAAAGGAUUCCCGAGAUAUUUAAUCAGAAACCAAAUCGCAAUACCCUUCUUUUGGUGGAUAAUGUUGCAAGGUAUCAACGACAAAACAGGAGUUGUUUUCGUUAUGCAUAAUCUGGCACCUGAUGAAAAAAGAGAACCUAAGUUGUGUGAUGAGAGCGUUUGUGGUAAAGCAGGAUUGCAUGAGAUGAUAACCAACUUCGAAGAAGAAUUUGCAAUAAUUUAUUGCUGCCCGGCUUCGGUGUUGAGUGAAAUCCUUCGAAUUGAACCAGUUGUUGAUGAGUUGAUGGUUUUCGGUCCGAUCGAGCGAGAGCAGGAGGCAGGAGUAAUCAGAUUGUGAUUGCAAUUGGUCCUUGAGUAAAGGUUUUUUUCAGCGGUAUC